CUUUCUCGGCUGAAUCCCACCACGCCAACAGUGACGGGUACAGGCUGUAGGACGCCGGAGCAUGUGCAUGUACGGCGGCAGGGCAGGAUCCUGGACGAUCGCGCUGUAUCGUACGUACAUCUGGGUCUCACUUCCUUAUAGCGUCUUUGAGACCAUGAAGGAUUACGGGUUGUUAAUUGGCAACGCUGUAACUAGCUUGUACGGCGGAUGAUGUAACGACUGUCGCUCUUAUUACGCAUUGUGAAGGCUGUACUCCACAGUUUAAUAACCGACGUUUGUACUCUAGUGCCUACGGGCAACACUUUUGUAAGCAAGAUAGACAGCCCAGCCCGGCUCUCUGCGCUGCAAAUUGCGAGAAACGUUUACCUCUAGCCCUAGUCAUAUAUAAGUGUAGGGGUACCAAACAGAUGGCUAUGAUGCAAGACGAACGACCAGCAAAGCGUGCGAGGUCCCUCGAGGCUAUCGACAUGGUCAUGACACAGCUAGCAGAUAGCGAGGAGGCUCGAUCUCUUCUAUCCCUUCCUGACGGUGUCCUACACCAUAUUAUGGGAAAGCUACCGGCAAGCUCGCUACUGGCGUUGGGCUCGGUCUGCCGGUAUUUUCGCAACCGUGACCCGACCAGCGGGCUUUUGCUAACGCACCGGUUCGCAAAAGACAAUCUGACGCGGAUGGUAGGCAGGGAGCAAGCGGAGCGCUGGAGGAACUAUAACUGGAUACGACGCCUCGAAAUUGAGGAAACAUUAACUGAGUUUGAUAGAGAUCGGAGCGCUCAGCAGCAGUUCACGUUUAAGGAGGCCGGAAGUGGAGUCGUUACUGAGGUCAGCUUGAAUGAGCCAGGGCCCCGAAUGCUCCUCAGCAACACGUCCACUGCCGAGUCGCCCAUUUUGCGCUGGAAGCUUCAACUGCGAGGGAAUAAUGCUGCUGAGGACACCUCCAAGGCGUUACACAAGUGCCUGCCUAACCCAGCGGGGGAGCGCGCCACGGGCUUCAGCUCAGCCAUCACCGUGGGCAGUUUGCUGCCUGCGCGGCUGCCUGUCAUGCGGGGCACGGUGGUGGAGAUCUUGGUAACGCCGCGUGAGGUCUCCUUCAUAGUGCUCAAUCCGGAGGACGGCAAGGAGAUGAUCUGGCAGAACAACUCCACCGUGCCUCGGAAAUACACGGGACCCCGAGAACUGCGGCUGCAGCUCCCGUGCAACUACACUGGGCCCGUCAAGCUGGCGGUCACUGCCUGGCAGCGCGCUGCCUUUGGCGUGCUGCACAGCUCACCAGCGGAGGAGCCACGCCAGCAGGACCAGCGGCCCGGGGAAGGGGCAAGGCAGGAGGACGCGGCGGCCGGUCAGGGGCAGCCCCGCUAGUGGGUAGAUGCCGGUAGCGCGGCUGGUCUGUGUACAGCACCUGUAGAGUAUUACCAUGUUGAAGUACUGGAUUUCGUCAGAAUUCAUGGGAGGAAUGCGGGGUGGCUAAACUGUGUCGCACAAAAGGCGUCAAGACCUGGUGAGACGGAAUGCAGUGAUUGAUGGAAUGCAGAGAUGGGUGGAAAGAGAAAAUUAACUAUGGGCAGCAGGGUGGCAGAGAUGGGUAAAGUGGAAGAAAGUAACGAACCGGGUGGCCUAAGUAGCCGUGUGCCAUGUGCAGCACGUAAGGGCAAAGCAGGUUUUUGUUGCGUUCUGAUGCCCGAAUGGCAUACCGUCUUGUUUGUUGCAUUUUUGCAUUUGGGUCUUUUUGCAUGGUCUUGCAUGUUGGAGGACAGCCACAACUGAGGUGUCCUGAUGGUGCUGGUAAGCUAGGGGGUGGCGGUGUCUGAUUGAACCAAGCUGAAGUACUGAGGGAUGGUUCCCUGCUGCCGUGCACACCUCGCCACACGUUGGCCUUGGAUUUGCGUGCUGUUCUUUGUAGUUUGUACGGUUUAUCUUCGUUUGGGAGGUGAGCGCGCUUGUCCUUUUGUAAGAGAGAGGUAAACAUGGUUAUCAUUGCGAACUGCUAUGAUGGUGGAGGCUGUUUGAUAGGGGGCUCACCGAAAGGGGCCCAUGGUAUGGUCGCGGUGACAAAAUGGUGAUUGUGGCAGAAACGUAGCCAGUUGGGGGGAUGAUCCAAGUGAUGCUAAUGUGCUAUGUACAGCCGGUCAUCCAUCCAUUGUACACUACGUACAUGUAUCUUGGUGGUGGGGAUUACUGCUGUCAACAAGCUGUGCUGGUGCCCAUGGGCCUCUUACUGGGCCUGUACGAAGCAGGAUCCUGCUGAAACCUUGGGUGAGGUGCGUGUAAGCAUCCUGGG